AUGGACGACCCAAACGUGUUCGUAUUUGGGUUUUGCUCAUGCGUACCCACAAAACCGCCCUUGAUAGUGUUCAUUCCCUUCCCCCCUCCACCUCCCCCCACCUUGUUGUGCCCUCUGCGUGUGCGCAGCUUCGGGGUGCUCAUGCUUGUGGUGCUCACCGGUCACAGCCCCCACACGUCCGAUGGUGAAAAGGACGGCCACAUUCUGCAAUGGGUGGAGGAGUGCAUCUCUGCCAACAACUCUGGUGGCCUCAAGGAAAUGGACAUGGACGCUCCGGAUGAUGCUGUGCUGCGCCUCGCCCAGCUGGCCUUCUCCUGCACUGCCGAGCGCACUGCCAGCCGGCCCAACAUGUCAUACGUUGCCAGCGAGCUGCGGGGAAUCAGGCACGAGGUGGUGGGGAAGGAGGAGCUGAGUGCCGCGGUCAAGGUGGAUGAGCUAGCAAAGGAGAGGCGGAUCGGAAUUUCGUUAAGGAAGAGCUUGGGUGCAGAGCUGGAAGCUAUUGUGAGCAUGGAGGAUGAAGAGGAAGAAUAA